CGACCUUCUUAUCACUGCUCUGGCUAGUUUAAUGGACAAAUGUCCGAGCGUCCUACGAAACAGCCACCCACAAAAGAUUGCCCAACUUGUCAAAGGCGACGGAUCAAGUGCGACCGGGGGCUUCCUGGGUGUUACAAAUGCAGUAAACGUAAUUUGGAAUGUCCGGGCUAUGGGCUGAAGCUCAAAUGGAUCGAAGGGGUUGCCAGCCGUGGCAAUCUGCGGGGCAGAUCGAUUCCUGCAGCAAACGCACCCAACGCUACAUCGCAGCCCUCGCAUCAUUGGCCACAACUAAGUACAACCACAAAUGAUAUUAACACUCAAAACAUUUCAAUCAGCCAUCGGUAUACCUCAUCACAUUCAGGGCCUCUCUCGCUGCCUCACUUCCUACCAUCGCCCCUUUCUGAACUUUGCCUAGCACAGUCUCGGCCACUCCACGUGUCGCGGUUGGUUUCUUGGUUUAAUGAACGGGUUGCUCCUCGACUUGCGUGGGUUCCUCAACAAAAUGCGUGGCGUCGUAUGAUUUUGCCCAUGGCCGAAAAUUCCGAGACGGUUCUCUCUUCUAUUCUCGCUAUUGCUGCUCAUGACCUGGCGUCUGAGUACCACUCGGAUGAUGUCGGUUCUCAAACUUACCACCAAAUGUCGAAAAUGUACCAGAAUAAAUCGCUGGCUCUACUCGCCAAGGAGUUAAAAACUCUUUCCGCGUCGUCUUCCUCGGGAUCAGAUGUGAGCGCAUCAUCUGCCUUCACUCUAGCAUCUGUGAUCAUUCUUUGCAACAAUGAAUUCAUGCAACCACAGCGAGCUGGAUGGCGGGUCCAUCUUGCGGCUGCAAGGGAGGUCAUCCUGGCAUCGAAAAAUAGAUCACAUCCUCACAAACAACUGACCAGCAUUGAAGAGUUCCUCAUGAUUGAAUUCUAUGAAGCAUCGGUGUGGGCCAAUUUAACGACUUUCGAUGACUCGAGCGAAGACGUCAAGCCGUUUCCUCAUAGCAAGGAAAACGCGGUAUUCACCGAUUUUGUCCGUGUUAUCGAUGAAAUCACUCAACUGGAGCGUCUUAGGUUUCGGUCCCAGUCACACAGCUUCCCCUACCAUUCCGGGCCAAGUCCUGCUGUUAUCAUGCAGAUAAAUUCCGCUAGAUACAGCAUGAUUCAUCUUGCCGAAACCAUCAACUUUCAUGCUGAAGAAGAUCGACGGACCUUUCAGCUCGUGGUGCUGAUGUACUACCACGCGACUCUCAUUUACAGCUGUCAAGCCCUGGGAGAACCACCCACCCGGGACUUCAAUGCAAACAGCUCUCGCAACGAGAUCCUCAAAUAUUUACAGUCUCUUUCCGGGAUGCGGAUUGACCUCUUUGCUCAAGAUCUUGUUUGGCCACUGUUUAUGGCGGGAACCGAACUUCGAGGCAACCCGGAAGCACAGAACCUCAUUCGUGGUGGUUUUCAUUCGGUGAUGCAAUUCAGCCGCACUUUGGACAGGGCGCGUGUUCUGUCGUUCCUGGAAUCUUGGUGGAAAAACCCUGGAGCUUACGUGUCUUGGAUUGAUAUGGCCCGAACGCAAUAUCGGUCUUCCCAUUGUGACUUUCUCGUGGUUUGAGAUAUCACAGAACAAUCCAUCAAUAACAUAAUACUAUACUGGAGAUAGUGAUCAAUCCUUGCGG